AUGGGUCGUGUAAUCCGUGCACAGCGUAAGGGAGCUGGGUCCGUUUUCAAGUCCCACACCCACCACCGCAAGGGCCCGGCUCGAUUCCGUUCCCUCGACUUUGGCGAGCGCAACGGUUACCUCAAGGGCGUCGUCUCCGAGAUCAUCCACGACCCCGGCCGUGGAGCGCCGCUUGCCCGCGUCGUUUUCCGCCACCCUUUCCGUUUUCAGCAUCAAAAGGAGCUCUUUGUCGCCGCCGAGGGCAUGUACACCGGCCAGUUCGUCUACUGUGGCAAGAAGGCAAAUUUAGUCGUUGGAAAUGUCCUGCCGCUCAGAUCUAUCCCCGAGGGUGCCGUCGUCUGCAACGUCGAGCAUCAUGUGGGUGACCGUGGAGUUUUCGCCAGGGCUUCUGGGGAUUACGCCAUUGUUAUCUCCCACAACCCCGAUAAUGACACUACUAGGGUGAAGCUCCCAUCAGGAGCAAAGAAAAUUGUGCCCAGCGGGUGCCGUGCCAUGGUUGGCCAAGUUGCCGGCGGUGGGCGUACUGAGAAGCCGAUGCUGAAAGCUGGAAAUGCCUACCACAAGUUCAGAGUGAAGAGGAACUCGUGGCCCAAGGUGCGUGGUGUGGCUAUGAACCCUGUUGAGCAUCCUCAUGGUGGUGGUAACCACCAGCACAUCGGCCAUGCCAGCACUGUCCGCCGUGAUGCCCCGCCAGGGCAGAAGGUGGGUCUCAUUGCCGCCAGGAGGACAGGUCGUCUUCGUGGUCAGGCUGCCGCCACUGCUGCCAAAGCAGACAAGUGA